UUGUACCUGUCAACAUGGAAGAAACAAAUAAAAUUCAUCUUAACUUAAUCCAAAAUCGUGGAUUUAUUUUUAAUGCAGAUGAUUAUAUGAAAAUUAGAACAAAACAUCGAAUUGUUGGGAAUUUAAUUGGAUGCCCUGUAAAUAAUCCCAGAAAUACAUCAAUUGGUGGACUUCCUGGGAUCUUCUCACCAAUUGAAGUGAGAUUCCUAAUUGAAAGGGGGUUUGUCAAUUUACAAAAAGCCCCUGGAAAGCCAUCAGAAGGAACGGUCAACCAGUACAGAGAAUUCAGUGAGAAGCAACUUCAGGAGCAGAGAGAAAUUCUCAGGAGGAAGAAAAUUUCAGAACUUGAAGAGAAUCUCGAGAAGAUUGUAGCUGGGAAGCGUCGAAAGGCACUCAAAUCGGGCUCCGGUGCUGUAAACACACCUUUAGAUCCACAGAGUAUACUUCAGGAGGAAAUCGGAAGAAUACCAAAGCUACAGAGAGAAAAUCUCCUAAUACAAAUCCCCACGGAAUAUCCAUUUGCACGGGAAAAUUCAUUUCAAAGAGAUUCCCCAAGACUGAGUGAACGAGAUGAGCUGAAGUAUCGGAUUUUCUGCAAUCUCUGGGACAGAGGAAAUUUCAUCACAUCCGGUUCAACAUUCGGAGGAGAUUUUCUCAUCUACCCAAGUGAUCCUCUACUCGUGCAUGCCUCACAUGUAGUCCAUGUCCUCGAAAGAAGUGAUAUCGAUGCAAAAAACUUCAUAGCCUGCAAUCGUCUUUGCAUUGGAGUUAAGAAGUCCUGUAUUCUUGCCUUUGAGGGUGCAUCCGGAGAGAUUGUGUACCUAACAUCACAUUGGCAAGGACAUUUUAAGCCGGAUUGAUGAGAUUGAAUAAAAAAAAUAGAAUAUUCUUUUGAACAAAA